AUGCAGGGUUCGUGGGGCCAGCCCAGCGGCGUCGCCGCUUGUCGGCGCCUGACGGUGACUGAGCAUGUGUUUUUUAUUGAGAAGGUUUCCUGGACCGAUCGCUGGCUGACGCAAGGCCUGGGCUGGUCCAGGCUGUCCGAGCCACGCUCGCGAGGGCCCUCCCUGCUUGGUCCAGUGCCGACAAGGAGAGCACGGGACUGGACGACCAGGGCUGGGCUAUGGCGACGACAGGCGUGGGAGAUGCUCCUCGCUCGGGGGUUGACCAGCGGGGCCAAGGUUUUCCCAGUGGAGGGUUGGUCUUAUUUGUCCAGAUUGACGGCCGAGUGCGGCUGA